AUGAACCAAUACUGUUCCAUACAAACGCAUUUUGGCGGCCUUUCUGUUUACCUUUUUUAUCGUGCACUAAAAUUAACAAAUAAUGUCCAUAACGCUGGAUUUUAAUGGCAAGAACCUGGCCAAGAGCAAGCAAUUAGACCUACACUACUUGCCGGCAAAAAUAGACGGCGAUGGCGAGGCGAAUGUGGAGCAAAACUUCAACAACUACACAAGGGAAGCAACCGAAUUUGGUAGCGGAAUUCUGACGAAUGCCCUACGCGGAUAUCCUUUGGUGGGGGAGCAGCUGAAAGUGCCCAGUGGAUACCGCGGACUGGUUCUCCAGGAAACGGAAAAGCCCAGCGGAUCCUCCGACAGGCAGCUGCGCCUUACAGGAGUUUUCGGGGACUUUACCUACUGGAACUACGACAAAGUGCCCUCCAAUGGCGAUGCCUACCGACAGGCGCUUCUCCUGGCCGAUGUGGCCCAAGCUUUGUCGCAGCCCAUCAACGAACAGGAUUUGGAGGCAGAAAUCGCUCGGAACAAGGAAAACGCCAAGGAAAGCCCUUAGUUUUUAGUCGCGCUUACAGCGCUUUAUUUAGUACUUCAAAAUCUAAUCCAAUACAUAUGUAUCUUUACAAUUCGCACACUUAA